AGAAUGUAAACAAUGGAGAAUCGAAUUCCUUAAGAUUGAGAUAUUUCUUUUCAUUUUUAUUAUAUUUUAAGAAUAUAAUAUAUAAACAACAGGUGAGGCUUCGAUCUCAUACACAAUCACCUCUGCCUACAACGGUGACUCAAAUUUCAGUCCACGCAGGGAGUAGAGAGAAAAUAUCAUGGGUAAAGAAGGAAUGUCUCAGGGGGGCAGUGGCCAAAAUGGAGUUGAAGAAAAUAUGGCUGCUUGGCUUUUGGGUGUCAAUAACUUGAAGAUUCAACCUUUCCACCUACCUCCUCUUGGACCCCGUGAUGUUAGAGUUCAGAUGAAGGCCGUUGGUAUCUGCGGCAGUGAUGUUCACUUCUUCAAGACUCUGAAAUUGGCACACUAUGUCGUUAAGCCAAUGGUGAUUGGGCAUGAAUGCGCUGGGAUUGUUGCCGAAGUUGGGGCUGAUGUUAAGCAUUUAGUGCCGGGGGAUCGGGUCGCACUGGAGCCUGGCAUUAGUUGCUGGAAAUGUCGUCAAUGCAAAGAAGGCCGCUACAAUCUAUGCUCAGAGAUGAAGUUCUAUGCCACUCCCCCUACUCAUGGUUCUCUUGCAAAUGAGGUGGUUCAUCCAGCAGACCUGUGUUUUAAAUUGCCAGAAAAUGUUAGCUUUGAGGAAGGAGCCUUGUGUGAACCCUUAGGUGUUGGUAUUCAUGCUUGUCGACGUGUUAACGUUGGUCCAGAAACAAAUGUUUUGAUCAUGGGAGCCGGACCAAUUGGACUUGUCAAUUUGAUGGCUGCACGUGCAUUUGGUGCACCUCGGAUUGUCAUUGUUGAUGUGGAUGACUAUCGGUUGUCUCUUGCAAAGGAUCUUGGAGCAGAUGAAGUUGUUAAAGUUUCAACUGACAUUCAGGAUGUAGAUGAAGACGUCACUCAAAUUCAAAAAGCCAUGAAAGGUGAGAUAGAUGUGACAUUGGACUGUGCUGGCUUUGAAAAGACAAUGUCAACAGCCUUAAAAGCCAGCCGACCUGGUGGCAAAGUUUGUCUCAUUGGACUGGGUCACAUUGAGAUGACUGUUCCACUAGGUCCAGCUGCAGCAAGGGAAGUUGACAUAAUUGGCGUGUUUCGGUACAAAAACACAUAUCCUGUGUGCUUGGAGUUUAUAAGAAGUGGUAAGAUUGAUGUGAAGUCGAUGAUAACACAUAGAUUUGGUUUCUCACAGAAGGAGGUGGAAGAGGCCUUUGAAACCAGUGCUCGUGGUGGUAAAGCUAUUAAGGUCAUGUUCAACCUGUAAACUCUCAUACAUUGAGAGACAGACACAAAGUGCUGUGUGUUCUGCAUGUCUCAUAUCAAUUGUACUCUGCAGAGUAAAAAAUCAAUAAAAUCUGUUCACAAUGUGAUAUUUAUAUUUCAUAUUA